CUUACAAAAAACAGCAACUAUAGUGUGUGUGUGUGUGUGUGAUUGCUUAACCAUGAUUAAGAUGAACUUUCACUUCCUUUUAGCCACAACCAUCUUGGCUUUUGCUUUGUCACUUGUCUAUGCCUCUGAUCCUAGUCCUCUGCAGGACUUCUGUGUUGCUCUUGAUGAUCCCAAGUCUGCUGUGUUUGUGAAUGGGAAGUUCUGCAAGGACCCAAAGCUUGCCAAAGCCAAUGAUUUCUUCUUCUCAGGGCUCAACAUUCCUAGAAACACAUCGAAUCCAGUUGGUUCCACUGUCACUCCUGUAAAUGUUGCUCAAAUACCGGGACUCAACACUCUCGGUAUAUCUUUAGUACGCAUUGACUAUGCACCUAAAGGCCUCAACCCACCUCACACGCACCCACGCGCUACUGAAAUCCUUGUUGUCUUGGAGGGUACUCUCUAUGUUGGAUUUGUCACCUCCAAUCCUGACAACCGUCUCUUCACUAAGACACUAUACCCUGGAGAUGUUUUCGUGUUCCCGGAGGGGCUAAUUCACUUCCAAUUCAAUGUGGGAAAGAAGAAGGCAGUGGCAUUUGCUGGACUGAGCAGCCAAAAUCCAGGGGUUAUCACCAUUGCAAACGCGGUGUUUGGGUCGAACCCAAAGAUUUCUGCUGAUGUUCUAACCAAGGCUUUCCAGGUUGACAAGAAGGUGGUUAACUAUCUUCAAGCACAGUUCUGGUGGGACAACAAUUAGAAAACUUAUGGGCAUUUCUACAAGAAGAAAAAGCAAAUUUUCUUUUAGUUAAAAAUAAGUAGAUGUCAUGUCAUCUUCUGUUCCUAAAUAUUUCGAUAGCAUAAAUAAGUGGGCUUGUUAUGUACUUCUCAUUUGUUACAAAGGUUUUCUCAUAGUAUGAUCUUUUUUAUUAUUAUUACAGUAAUAAA